AGAGGAAAGCUGCACAAGAGAUAGCAAGAAAGAAUGUCCACCCCCAUAGAUUGUCUCGUGGGGGUUAUGAUAAAUUGGAGCAGAAGAUGAUGAAAGAGGCAUCUGCCUCUAAUUCCAGUGGGACUACUGUUACUCAUCCUCCUCGUCAUGAUAAAUGGAAAAGAGCUCGUCAAAAACCAACAGGGGAUUACAUAUCUGUAGAAACAGAAAGCGUAGCUAGGCGUAUUGAUGAACUGGUCGAGCAAAGCACACAAGGAUCAUUCAUUCCACAGGGGCGUGAGGACAUAUUGGCAGUUGCCAUUGGUCGUCCAGAGCAUCCUGGACGUGUUCGUGGUGUUGGAAAAUUUGUAGGCAUCCGUCAAUUCUUUGGUCCUCCAUCAGCUAAUCAUAAUAAAGUAAAUAUCAAUGAGGAAGUUAUCAUGUCCAUCAAAGAAGAAAUGAGAGAACAAAUGAGGGAGGAAAUUAGGGAGGAGAUUAAGAAGGAGAUGAAGAAAGAGUACUUUGAUAUGAAGGCACAAUUGUUAUCAUACAUGAGAGCAGACACAAAGGGGAGUUGUGAUGUUCCUCUUGAAGAGGCUUCUCUCAUUGGUGAUGCAGAUUACGAGUUGUUCAUUGAUGAUCUCUUGCAGUCCUUGGUGGCUUUAGGUAAAAUGUAUGCAUUGGGGUCAACCGUACACCAUGCAACCAUUGCAGAUGAUAUGAUGAGAGUAGUGGUUGUAGAUGUUCGAGAUGCUACUGCUCUAGUCCCAGUGCCCACUCAAGAGGUUAAGACAGUGGGGCAGGCCCCUGGAAAUUUUAUCCUUUGGCCAGUUAGAUUAGCAAAAGUAAUUGCAAAGGAGAUUAGAGUACAAGAAAAGGAAGAUGUGAAUGAAUCAUUACCACAACAGACAAUUCUAGAACGACUUGGUGCAAUGGCAGCGACUAUCGCCUUGCAACCUAUACAAUUAGAAAUGCCUCCCCAAGCCACAAAUAGGACCUUCAACACCCCUUUUUUUAUAUGUCAAAAGGAUAUUUUUGAAGUUCUCUCUAGCACUGAUAUGUUAUGUAUAUCAGUAAUACAACUUUGGUUGUUGUAUUUACAUCGUAGAUGCACUGAGAAGAAGAAUGAUCACAUAUAUGGAUUUAUUGAUCCUAUUGCCAUUCAAGGUGUUGGGAAUAAAAGUGAAGAGGUUCAAAAGUACCUAUUAGAGGCAUUUGAUGUUGGGAAAAAAGAAGUGUACUUAGCGCCUUAUUUGCAGCAGGGUCAUUGGCAGUUGUUGGUAAUUCUUCCUCAGAAGUUUGUUGUGGUUCUUUUGUGUUCAUUACACAAGAAGCCUAACACUCUGAAAAUUAAAAGUACUUUACAAGCAGCGGUUGAGGCUCAUUCUAGGUUGCAGGGACAACAAAUCACUUCUAGAAAGAAGUUGCAGUUCAUUGCGCCAACUUGCUCACGUCAACCGGGAAGCUAUGAGUGUGGAUAUUAUACCAUGAGGCACAUGCAUAGAAUCAUAUCCGCAAACAUUGUUGACUCAUGGGAUAUGAUUUUCAAUGACACAUCUCCAAUGGAUCAAGGAGUCUUGAAGGAAGUUCGUGAGCAAUGGGCUUCGUUUCUUUUAAGUGUUUAUAUAAGAUGA